GCUUGGACAGUAUUAAACAUUGUAUUAUUAAUCCACUUGCAAUACGUUAUAGCAAUUUAAACUUUUCCCUAAGUUGCUAACAAAGAGUCAAAAUCGCUAUUUCCGAAAGCACCGUUAGACAAUUAAUUGCCUAAUUCCUAAAAUUUUUAAAAUGACAGACAAUUUGCACCAACUCAGCCCUCUUUUGACCCAAGUCUCCAAAACCUUGGAGAAGCUAUAUCUUGGGAUCAAUACUUCUCAAAUUAACGGGUACACAACCCAUCACCGGGUGUCACUAUCUCCGUCGUUUCCAAAACUGAAAUAUUUCAAGAACUUGGUCUCUGAUAUUUUCGAAGUUGGGGAAUUUCUACCGGAAAACUUUCCUUGUUUAGUUAGCCUCUCGAUGGAUCUGUUCGAUCUAUGUAGCGACCACAUUAGUUGGGAUGUCCACCAAGAUAAACCUGUCAAAACGAUUGAAGGCGUUAGGAAACUCCAGAUUGGGAAUCUUCGCGAUUUCCUAAUAAUUUCUAACCCACACACUAACACAUUUCCAAACGUGACACAUCUAACCAUCAAGAAACUUCAGGGGGCCAGGUAUUUGACAAAUUUUGGAGAAGCAGCUAAGCUUUCCAACGUUGUAAGGAGUUGCGUUACAUGGAAGCAUUUGACCCAUUUGGAAAUCGUUCUUGGUACUGAUGAGUUGCCAUUGAGUAAAAUUUUGGAAGCACUGGAAUCUUUAGAUGUUGUCUCUGGCCUCUCAGAACUAAGAAUUGCUGGCCAGGACAGUAUGUAUAACAAGGCUAUUUUUGACAAUCUUUCCCGCGAUGAUGAAAAAUUGACGGAUUUCAUUACCAAAUGUAGUACCCUGAAGCGACUAAUAUUUCAAGGAGUUUGGUGGAAGGCUGGAUCUGUUUUGCGAGCAAUGGAAUUCUUGGCAAGAAGAGGGUCUUCACAUCCAGUCGUAAUCUUUGAGUAAAAGUUCAGAUUAGACCAAUGCAUGCUCAGAAAUUUACAUUUUCCAAUCAUAGGCUUUCCGCAAUUGUAGCAGACUAAUUAAAUUUUCUCAAUUAAUCAUGUUUCCAGUUUUCUAAAUAAAGAGUGCCAAUUUCUGCUAAAAUGUAUGAAAAAUUUAUGUAAAUAUUUGGUAUUUAGCAACUGAAUUACUACUUAUCUCGAUCCAAGUAACAAGUGAAAUAUUUUCUAUGGGUAAUGUAUGAUUGGAUGCGAAUACCCAUAUUGAUUAAGCGGAAACUAUAAAUUCAAGUGCAAUAGUCAAAUUCAAAUUUAUAAUAAUAGAUUAGUUGAGCGAACCCGAUCACGGGGCUAAUCGUAAUAAAUAGUACAAAACCAGAUGAAGGGUUCACUUCAAGACCUUAAAUCUGUAUGAUGUAGCGUUGGUGGGUCGAGUUCUGGUCAAA